GAGAGACAUAGGCAAGAUUAUGAACUCCUAAAGAAACAAAGCUUUGAUCUGAAUUUCUUCCUUUCUUGUGAGAGAGAGAAAAAAAAAGAUUGAGGAAAGAUGGCCAUUGUUGAGUCUGUUGUCGAGUUCCUUCUCCAAAAACUCAGUGACCAGCUCAUUCAAGAAGCAGUUUUCUUACAUGGGGUUGACAAUCAAGUCGAAUUACUCAUGGCAGAAUUCAGGCGGAUGCAAUGCUUCUUGAAAGACGCAGACACCAAACAAGGAGGAGAUGAAAGAGUGAAGAAUUGGGUGCGGGACGUCAGAGAUGUUGCAUAUGAUGCUGAGGAUGUCAUUGACACCUUUGUCUUCACUAUAGCAAAAUUGAGGCGAAGUGAAUCUGUGGGCUGCAUUACAAGGUGCGCUAAUUUCUUCUUCAAUGAGUCGAUAGCUCGCCAUAAGGUGGGCUCGGAGAUUGAACAGAUAAAGAAUAAAAUCCGUAUGAUCUCCCAGAGUAGGUUAACUUACGGCAUCGAAAGAAUAGGCAUGGUAGAAGGGACAAGCUCUGCAGUUCGAAGUCUCCAAGAACGGAGGCUAACUUCUCCUAAUGCUCAAGAAGCAGAUUUUGUUGGUUUUGAGAAGGACUUGGCGGCAUUGGUCGGGCAGUUGAUCAAUGAGGGAGAGCUGCGACGUUGUGUUGUUUCUGUAGUCGGAAUGGGUGGUCUGGGUAAGACUACUCUUACUCAAAAACUUUAUAACACUGAUAGUGUUAAGAAACAUUUCCAUAGUCAUGCAUGGAUUUCUGUAUCACAAGGCUAUUCUGUUAGAGAUCUUUUGCAGGCCAUCGUCAGACGCUGUAUGGAUCUCUCUAAAGAGGAGCUCGAGAAAGUGGAGAAAAUGGAUGUUGUUGAGCUGAGGGACAAGAUUUUUGAGUAUCUGAAUAACAAGAGAUACUUGAUAGUCUUGGAUGAUAUAUGGACAACAGAAGCAUGGGAUGAUUUGAAGGAUGCAUUUCCGGAUAUGAACAAUGGCAGUAGGGUCGUACUUACCACGCGAAACAAAGAGGUUGCUUUAUAUGCACGAAGCCAGCCCCAUGAACUGCGAUUUCUAAAUGAUGACGAGAGCUGGGAAUUGUUCUGUAAAAAAGCAUUUCCAGGACGAGAUGGGCAUUGCCCUCAGAAUUUGGAAGAGUUAGGAAGAAAGAUUGUGGAAAAAUGCCAUCAUCUACCUCUUGCUAUCGUUGCAAUCGGAGGGCUCUUAUUAACGAAAGAAGCAUGGGAGUGGGAGAAAGUAUACAAAAGCAUCAGCAGGCAGUUGGUUGAUGGACACCAGCAAAUCUCUGGAAUAUUAUCUUUAAGCUACAAAGAUCUGCCCUAUUACUUAAAGCCAUGUUUUCUCUAUCUGGGCAAUUUUCCAGAGGACCGUCAGUUUGGCGCCGGGGGAUUAAUUCAAAAGUGGGCCGCAGAAGGGUUUCUUGAAGAGAGAGGGGAAGAAACAUUGGAGGAGGUUGGAAAAGAUUAUCUAAUGCAAUUGAUUCAGAGAAGUAUGGUUCAAGUGGCAAGCAGAAAUUCAAUGGGAGUUGUUAAAAGUUGUCGCAUCCACGAUCUUUUGCGAGAUCUAUCCAUAUCAGAAGCCAAGGAAAGUAAGUUUCUGGAAGUUGACAGUGGAAAUGCAAAUGCUCCUUGUGCAUUUAGAGCCCGUCGACUUGCAAUUCACAAUGAUGAUUUACGUGAGCACACAUCCUUAAAAUCUUUCACUCCACACCUUCGUUCUGUGUUGAUAUACACCCAGGGCUCUACAUGGCUUCAAAGAGAAGAAGAAAAGUUUCUCUUUAGAGGCUUUAAGUUGCUUAGGGUGUUGUAUAUGCAGGGUGUAGGAAUAAAAGAGCUACCGAGCGAAAUAGGUGAACUUAUCCACCUGAGAUACCUCAGCUGUACUCAAACUUGUUUAGAUAGCCUCCCAUCGUCGAUAGGCAAUCUUCCCAAUUUACAAACUCUAUUUGUAACAUCCCGUUUUAUUAUAAAAAUACCAAGCAUAAUCGGGAAGAUGAAACAGUUGAGACAUUUUCAAGUGAAGAGCAUAUCUAAGUGGGAUGUAAGUUGUGGAGAUAUAGAAGGACGUCCAAGGCUUGACCGGAUAAAUAACCUCCAGACUCUAUCAUUUGUAAGAUCUGGCAAAUGGAUGGAAGAUGGUUGCUUGGGAAAGCUCACCAAUCUUAGAAAAUUAGGAAUAUGGGUAGAUACAAAAGAAGAUGCUGAGGUAUUGUACGUAUCGAUUGUCAAGCUGGACUGCCUCCACUCUCUUACUUUGCGAGGAAAUUUAGGCAAGUUACCCGACCCCAGUUUCUUCCCAAAAAAACUCUCGAAGCUUACCUUGACCGGGUCUCAUUUAAAGGAAGACCCAAUGGCGACGUUGGAGAAGCUGAAAAACCUUCGCAUUCUCAGAUUGUCCUAUAAUUCAUAUAUGGGAAAGGAAAUGGCUUGCUCUGCACAAGGGUUUCCUCGACUCGAAUCCUUACAUCUUCGUCAGUUAUAUGAAUUAGAAGAGUGGAGAGUGGAGGAAGGAUCUAUGCCAAGUCUUUUAUAUUUACGGAUCUAUGACUGCACGAAAUUGAAGAAGCUUCCGGAAGGACUGCAGCAUGUGAGUACCCUCAACAAACUGGAGUUGUGGAGGAUGCCCGAUGAAUUCAAAGCAAGGCUUGAAAAAGACAGAGGGGAGGAUUGGUGUAAGAUUCAGCAUAUACCCUCCAUCGACAUAAGCGUUAGAUGGUGGAUAUAGUAAGCAGCCGCACAUUCUCUCGUUGCAAGAGAGGGGCAUGAACUGAACUGUGUUGAUGCAUGAUGAGGUGAUACGAUUGGAUAUGGUAGAUUUUUGCUCGUGAGUAAGAUUUGUUUCCUAAUCACACAAGUACCAACCUGUCAGGGAUCUAGUCCGUUCAUCUGGUGGGACCACAGCGGAUCAAAUGAGAUUCGGCACAUACCUUCCAUCCAGAUAUGGUAAUAGGUGGCAUUC